CUCUGCUCCUCCUCCCGUGCCUCCUGAUUUCCCACUUUGUCACCCAGCUCGCCUCGCGCAUAGAUUUGCAAUAUGAUUGAUUCCUCUACGGGCUCCACCACGACAUUCUGACAAAUUGACAAUACAUACAUACGAGUAUGGACUUUCCUUGGAACGCUAUUCUUUUCCUUUCUUUUUCCUUUUUUUUUGACUUGGCGGUUUGGACUGAUCCUACUGCUACGCUACUGCUGCUGCGCCAGCUCGAUGGGGGAUUGCUGGGAUGGGAAGGGACGGGGAGGCAAAACCUUUGAGCACCUCACAACCCCCCAUCAAUACUCUUCUCUCCUCUCCUCGUACGACGUUUGGCUCUUUGAUUGCGAUGGAGUUCUAUGGUCUGGAGAUGAUUUGAUUCCUGGAGCAGUCAGUGUAUUGGAAAAGUUGAGAAAGUGGGGAAAGGAAAUUGUCUUUGUGACGAAUAAUGCUAGUAAGAGUAGGGGGAGUUAUUUGAAGAAGUUUGAGAAAUUGGGGAUAAAGGCAGAGGUGGACGAGAUCUUCUCAUCUUCAUACGCAGCAGCAGCCUACCUAAAGCGAGUCCUCAACUUCCCUUCAGACAAAAAGGUCUAUGUGAUCGGCAUGGAGGGCAUCGAGGAGGAGCUCGACGCCGAGGGAAUCGCCCACGUCGGUGGCACCUCUCCUUCGGACAAUGUCUUUCUCCCCACCCUCGACUUUUCCAGCUUACAGUCUGAAGAAGCACUAGACCCAAGCGUGGCGGCAGUGGUGUGCGGAUUCGAUAUGCAUCUCUCGUACAUCAAGUUGGCAAAGGCUCACAAGCAUCUCACUCGUCCUGGUGCCGGUGAUACAGACUCGAUCAAGGAAGGAUCACCCAGUGGGGGUGGAUGCCACUUCAUCCUCACAAAUGACGAUUCGACUUUCCCCGCCAAGGGUGGACCCUGGCCAGGUGCAGGAUCACUAAGUGCCCCCCUCCUCUUCUCCACAAAAAGAACACCAACGAUCAUUGGUAAGCCUCAUCAGCCUAUGUUGGAUACGAUUCUCGCAGCUAAACACUUUGAUCGGUCCAAGGCAAUCUUUGUGGGAGAUCGACUGGAUACGGAUAUUGAAUUUGCUGUAAAUGGGGGAAUUGCGAGAUUGAUGGUGCUCACUGGGAUUAGCACUAGGGAGGAGAUUGAGGGGGAGGACAAGAAGGUCGUGCCGGACUUUUUGAUUCAGUCGCUGGGCGAUUUGGACGUCGUAGAGGAUGAGAAGUGAGAAGAGGGGCAUAGAUAGACGGUCUCAAACUAGAGUGGGAAUAGAAGGGAAUCUGCUUUUCAUCUCUACAGUGGGAUGCGCUGCAUCUACAAUGGGUAGACG